UAACAAACAAAUAUUCCAGCAGUUGUGAAUUAGCAGCUGAUGUGCCAAAACAACCAUAAAUUAUACUCCUGCACUAUAAAGAUAUUUACAAAACUAUUUUAUUAUUUCCAAAAAUAAACUACAAUGGAACCAAUUUUACUUAUACACGGUGGAGCAGGAAAUAUUACAGAUGCUAGGGUACCGGGUAAAUUAGACGGAAUGAAAAAGGCUCUACGAUCAGCCAAAGAUUAUUUGUGGCCUUCAAAUGGUGGCGAGGCUAAUGUUUUGGAUGCCGUUGAGGCAGCAGUUAGAGCAAUGGAAACCGAUCCUAAUUUUAAUGCCGGCUAUGGUGCCUGUUUAAAUCGAGAACAAAUGGCUGAAGUUGAAGCCAGUAUUAUGGAGGGUAAAGAGCUUAAGGCUGGCUGUGUAACACUUUUGCAUGAUAUUUUACAUCCAAUAUCAGUGGCCCGGCGAGUAAUGGAAAAAACUAAUCACACGUUUUUGGGAGGAUCUUUUGCUGAGAGAUUUGCCAAGCAAGAGGGGUUUCAACAAUUACAGCAGGGUUCCUUGAUAACGACAGAUGCUCGUUUGGCAUUAAACGAAUUUAAUGAUCUACAUGCAAAAGGUAUCGAUACAACCUAUGCAAGAACAGAACUUGAUGCUCCUGGUGAGCCGGGUACAGUGGGUGCAGUUGCUAUCGAUAGUAAAGGCAAUAUAGCAGUUGCCACUUCAACGGGUGGUAUAACAGGCAAAUUACCUGGACGGAUUGGUGAUACACCUUUAUUGGGUUGUGGUACAUAUGCCGAUAAUACUUUAGGAGGCGUUUCAACUACUGGUCAUGGCGAGACUAUAAUGCGUUUUAAUUUAGCACAAAAAAUUCUAUCGAAAAUACAGUAUGAAAAAAAGUCUGCUCAAGAGGCAACGGAAGAAGCCUGCAACGAAAUGACUGAACGUUUAGUUGGUACAGGCGGAGCUAUAACAAUUGAUGCUAAAGGAGAAAUUGGCAUAUAUUGGACUUCGAAACGUAUGGCGUGGGCAUAUACAAAGGGGAAAGAUAUAGUGUUUGGCAUUAAUCAUAAUGAAAAAUUCGUGGAGCAAUUGUAAAUGUUGAAAAUUGUUUAUGGAAAACUUUGAAUGAAAAGAAAAUUUAUCAAACAUUUUGUAUAAAAAAAAUAUCCAAAAUUUUCGAUAGAGAUAAAAUUUAUCGAUAAUUUUCUAUAAAAAAAUAUUAGAAUAAGUCGGUUUAAGCGACAUUUCUCAAAAACAAUAUACAUAUGUAGAUGAUUUUGAGAGGAUAAAAGAUAUAUUUUUUUUCGAGUGGGCAGGGCUUUAAAGUUAAAUUCAUUUUUGUCUACACCUAAAAACCAAUUUUAUUUACAAUAAUAAAUAUACAUCAAAUUUCCAAUAAUAUAUAUAACAUGAUACUAAAAAAUGGA